GAAUGUUAGUUUUUUUUAAGUACGGCCUUUAACUUUUAUUCUUUGAAUAUAUUCUUAUUUUAUAUUAUUUCCAUUAAAAAAAGGGUGAAAUUUCUUCGCCUUAUGACUACUGUCAUGGAAUAAAUAAUUUUGUUCAUCAUAGAGAAAUAUAGGCAUACCAGCCUGUUAUAACUUAAAGAUUUUAAAAUAUCUUUCGAAAAAAGAAAAUAUUAAAUAAUAAAACCAAACAGAAAUGCAGGAUAAUGAUGAUGACGAUGAAAAGUCAAUGUUCGACAAAGAAGACGUGACGGGGCUGGUUAACGAGGCCAUUGAGAUGACUCUAACCGAUGAAGAUGUCUACGACGACAGCAAGGUCAAAAAAUGGGCGCUUUCGAUAGAAGAGAAAUGUCUUAAAUCCUUGGGAGAUCUGAAAAAAGAUUUCAAGUAUGCGGUGUCGUGCAGCAUCAUGCAGCGCAACGGCGCGGCCUUCCACGCGGCCACGGUGUGCAGCUGGGACCGCGCGCACGACAAGUCGGUGACGUCACACUGGCACAACGACACCACGCACGUGGUGGUGAGCGUGUUCGCCCUGCUCAUCUGAGUGUGCGUCCCGCCGACGUCAGCGUGCGUCCCGCCGACAUCAGUGUGCGACCCGCCGACAUCAGCGUGCGACCCACCGACUUCAGCGUGCGACCCGCCGACGUCAGCGUGCGACCCGCCGACGUCAGCGUGCGACCCGCCGUCAUCAGCGUGCGUCCCGCCUGUGUCAGUGUGCGACCCGCCGACAUCAGCGUGCGUCCCGCCUGUGUCAGUGUGUGACCAGCCGACAUCAGCGUGCGUCCCGCCGACGUCAGCGUGCGACCCGCCGUCAUCAGCGUGCGUCCCGCCUGUGUCAGUGUGUGACCAGCCGACAUCAGCGUGCGUCCCGCCUACGUCAGUGUGCGACCCGCCGACAUCAGCGUGCGUACCGCCGAUUAGAUUGUGCGACGAAUACACCAGCUCAAACCUUGUGGUGCCAAUUAACCAAAAUCAUUUAAGAAAAUAAUUAUGUUCUCACAUUUUGUCUUUAAAAUUUAAAUAUUACCCCCUCUCUACCCCCCCCCCCCCAGUGUGGAAGUGAUAUAAACUGGUAAAUUCCAGAAGGUAUAAAAAUUUAUGUAUCGGAACUUCGAAGCACCAUUAAAAUUGCAUGACACCUUUA